AUGUUAAACAAGGCCAAGUGCAAGGUCUUUGAUGUCGAUCGAGGCAAUCCCAAGCACAAAUACAGGCUGAGUGGAGAGUGGACUGAGAGGAACCCUGAGGUGGAGGACUUGGAGGUGUUGUUUGACGAGAAGUUUGUCGUGAGCUGGCAAUGUGUGCUUAUAGCCUGGAAAGCUAACUGUCCUGGAUUGCAUCACAAGACCCAUGACCAGCAGAUGGAGAGAGCUGUCCCAUUUCCUCCAAGUCAUCGGCUCACAGCUAAGGAAGUGUUUGACAAUGAUGGAAAACCGCGUGUGGAUAUCCUAAAGGCCCACCUUAUGAAAGAAGGGAGGCUGGAAGAGAGUGUUGCUUUGAGAAUAAUAACAGAGGGAGCUUCGAUUCUCCGCCAGGAAAAAAAUUUGCUGGACAUAGAUGCACCAGUCACAGUUUGUGGAGACAUCCAUGGUCAGUUCUUUGACUUGAUGAAACUGUUUGAAGUGGGAGGUUCUCCUGCCAACACGCGGUACCUCUUCCUGGGGGACUACGUGGACAGAGGGUACUUCAGCAUUGAAUGUGUGCUGUACUUGUGGGCCUUGAAAAUCCUUUACCCCAAAACACUGUUUUUACUUCGUGGGAAUCAUGAAUGUAGACAUUUAACAGAGUAUUUCACAUUUAAGCAAGAAUGUAAAAUCAAAUAUUCAGAACGUGUAUAUGAUGCCUGCAUGGAUGCCUUCGACUGCCUUCCCUUGGCUGCUCUGAUGAACCAACAAUUCCUGUGUGUACAUGGUGGCUUGUCUCCAGAGAUCAACACCUUAGAUGACAUCAGAAAAUUAGAUCGAUUCAAGGAACCACCUGCAUAUGGACCUAUGUGUGACAUCCUGUGGUCAGACCCGUUGGAGGACUUCGGAAACGAGAAGACUCAGGAACACUUUACUCACAACACAGUUAGGGGGUGCUCGUACUUCUACAG